AUGGCCACCGAGACGCUGAAGAUUAGCGAUGGCACCACCAUGGAGAUCUGCAGGCUGCCGGAUGUGGAUGACGAAACGUGGGCGGAGGUGCGGGCCUAUGUCGAGAGCAACCCAGACACUGCAAAGUCUUUGAAGAGCUUUGCCAAGAACCCCGAUGCCAUGAGGGGCUGGCUGCAGACCCAGGCCAUCGCAGAGCACUACAGCGCCAAGAUGGCCAAAGGCGACACACCGGUCCAAGACAAGGUCAAGUCCUUGGAGACCGAUCCUGAGUUGGCGGCCGUCUUCGAGGACAUCAAGAAGAACGGCAUGGAAGCCGUCAUGAAGUACUACCAGGACGAAGAGUUGAUGUUGAAGAUCAGUCAGAAGAUGGGCGGCCUGCCUGUCGAGCUUCAGCCGGCGCUCCAGAAGAUUGAAGAGACGUCCUUGACCCUGCAUGAGGCUGCCAAGAACGGUGAUCUCGCAGCCGUCCAGCAGUUCCUGGACAAGAACAAGCCCUUGGAUGCACAGGACCACAAAGGCAUCACUCCUCUAGGCUAUGCUAUCGGUGCCAACCGCAUCGCGGUGGUAAAGAAGCUUUUGGACAGCAGGGCCAACCCGUAUGCCGUGGACAGCGCCGGCAACAGUGGCCUGCACUAUGCCGCCGGCUAUGGCCGAAAAGAGCUGUUAGAAUACCUCCUCAAGGUGGGGGCCAACAUCAGCCAGCCCAACGCGCAGGGCAUGACACCCCUGGCAGUGGCCACGCAGAAUCGGCAAGAGGCGACCAUGCAGAUCUUAAAGGCGCACUGCUCGAAGUGCCAAGGCACGCCAAUGUCUGCAGUCAUGGACCAGGCUCUGCUUCGGACAGAGGCCUUGAAGCAGGACUUGCACUUCUGGUGCGGUCCAGACUGGCAGGUGAAGGUAGCAGAGAAAUCUCCAGCAGUCGCUCGCUACCUGGCGCAGUUGGAAGAGGAUUCCAAAGAUUCCUGGCUGCUAUUCUGCCAUCACUUCUUGCAAUACAACGCGGUCCUCAGCGGGGGACAGUUCCUGGGCGGCAAGGUGGCAAACCGAGCACAGCAGACGCCGCCAGAAGGAGCGCGCUUCUAUUCGUUCGAUCUGCCAGCGGGGCAGUCUACUCAUGGCCGCGUGCAGAGCUACUUGGAUAGCAUGGACCAGCUGUCCAUUUCUGACGAUCAGCGCGAUCGUAUGCUGGCCUGCAUGCGCAACAUCUACGCCAUGAUUCUGGCCUUGUUUGAUGAGGCUUACAGCGUGGCCGAGAUUGAGGGAGUCUCUUUCGCAUCCACGAAGGGUGGCGCGAGCGCUGGGGAAGGCUCGGCAGCAGCCAAGAAGCAGAAAGUACCCCCGCCGCCCAUGGCGCCUGCAGACCGGGUCUUCACUUCUGCCGAGCUCCUCCAGUUCGACGGAAAGAGCCCCAACAAGCCCAUUCUCACCUCGGUCCUUGGGCGCGUCUACGACGUCAGCGGCGCAAAGGAGUCCUUCGGGCCAGGGGGCCCGUACGGCAUGUUCGCAGGCCAUGAUGCUACCUACAACUUGGCUGUCAUGACGCUCAAGAAAGACACUGUGGACAAGACGGACUAUACCCUCGAUGCCGAGGACAAGGAGUGCCUUGCAGAUUGGAUUGCGUAUUUCGACAACCGCGCAAGUCUCGGUGUGAUCCAAGCCUGGAGAGUUUCCAACGACGAAUCUGCGAGAGGGCUGAACUACGGUUUCACAGAGCACUGCGCAACAAGGCUAUGGGCAGCCGCUGGGCGAGCUGCGCGACAGGCCGGGCGAGCAAUCAAGGGAUGCGGAUCCAAAAAAAGUUUAUUUAGGAUCAAGAAAAAUUUAUUUAGGAUCAAAACAAUAAUUUAUUUAGGAUCAAGAAAUAAUUUAUUCUGCUCUUCCGACGGAGAGGAGGGAAGGGGAGGGAGGGAGGGUGAGAAGGAGGGAGGGAGGGAAGGAAGGACGGAAGGAAGGAAGGAAGCAAGGAAGCAAGAAAGCAAGGAAGCAAGGAAGCAAAGAAGGAAGGAAGGAAGAAGUCAAGAAAGAAAGACAGAAAGUAAAAAGAAAUAA